AUCCGAAGACAUGGUGUCCAUAGCAGCCUCCGCCUUAUCAUCGACUGCAGUUUUGACGAUUUGAUGGUGUUAAAGGAUAUUAAGAAGCUUCAUAAGCAGAUUCAACGAUGUUACGCAGAAAACCCGCGGCGUCACCCUGUGCAGUUUUAUUUGACAAGCCAUGGAGGGUCAGCUGAAGAAGAACAUGAAUGAAACGACAAAGGAUGGGUCAACUGGAAGGAUAUCCACAUCCAGUCAGAGCACUAUAGUGAACUCAUAAAAAAAGAAGACCUGGUUUAUCUGACAUCAGACUCUCCUAAUGUACUGAAGGACUUAGAUGAAUCAAAGGCCUAUGUGAUUGGAGGCUUAGUGGACCACAACCAUCACAAGGGUCUCACACUUAAGCAAGCAUCCAGUUGAAUUGAGCAUGCACAGCUCCCUCUUGCAGAUUUUGUGAAGAUGAACAGUAAAGUCCUGGCAGUUAACCACGUGUUUGAGAUUAUCCUGGAGUUCUUGGAAACAAGAGACUGGCAAGAGGCGUUCUUUACCAUCUUACCCCAACGGAAAGGAGCUGUUCCUGCACACAAAGCCAGUGGAAAACUCUCCUCAGGGGACCAGCAGCCCCGGCCAGAAGGGGGCAGUUCCAGCGAGGGAGAGCAGUCCAAGAAUGACCCCGACUCACCACAGAGAGAAGAGCAGGGCCAGCAGAGCAACCAGCCCGGUGUCCUCAGUGAGUCCGUCCACAGUGACCAACCUUCCCUAGCUGUCCUUCCACUGAAGGAGCGCCCAGACAGUGGCUCGUCACAGAACACUCAGACUACAAGGAAGGUAGAUGAGAUCAGUGCCCCCAACUGCCAGGCCAGUUAG